GUAACUCGUGAAAUUAUCGCUUUCGGAGACGCCUGUUGUUUCUUCAUCGUUGUUUAUUCAUUGCGGAAGUAUUGUUCUAAUUUAGCCUUUCUCUUCUCGCUUUACUCUUCUUGUUGGAUCUAGGCUCUGAGCCGGGAGCUUUUUCGAUUCGAAUAAACAGAGUGGAUUGGCUAUAAUUCGUUUCUCUCGUCUCCAGUAGCCAUGGAUGUGCCAGAACCCGAUCAGACUCCUUUUACCGCAGUGACGGCACAAACAUCGAGAAUAGCGCAACAAUACCAAGCCUAUCUCGAUGCAUGCACACCAUUCACUCUUUAUCGAUGGCUGGGAACGGGCGCCCUGCUUUGUAUAUUCUUCCUAAGGAUUGUUCUCGCGCAAGGCUGGUAUAUUGUUGCCUAUACCUUGGGAAUCUACCUUUUGAAUCUCUUCCUCGCUUUUCUACAACCGAAAUUCGAUCCAUCCCUCACACAAGAUGAAGGUCUGGAGGAUGGUGAGGCUCAUGCGUCUUCGCUUCCAACAAAGCAGGAUGAUGAGUUCCGCCCCUUUAUCCGACGACUCCCCGAAUUCAAGUUUUGGCAUUCCGCGACGAGAGCCAUCACAAUUGCUUUCCUCUGCUCAUGGUCCGAGAUCUUCAACAUUCCCGUUUUCUGGCCGGUGUUGGUGGUCUACUGGUUAAUCCUCUUUAGCCUGACGAUGCGACGACAAAUCCAACACAUGAUUAAAUAUCGCUAUGUUCCCUUUUCUUUCGGCAAAACGAGAUAUGGCCGGACUUAAACACUAUGGAAAUCUCAGUAAGGAUUAAUUAGUUUUUGCAGACUAAGCAGCCUUACUUCAAUCUGGCGCCCGCUUUCAAUAUUACGGUUUUGGUUAUGGGUGAGGCACACGCAUUAUGAAUAUUCUGUUUGUUCUGGGCAGACCACAAGCAAGCAAAAUAGACGGUCAUUCAACUUUCUUGUACAAUAUGUUCACGCCGACAUGCUUUACAUGAGCAGGGUUCCUAAUAUCCUGGUGGAUGCUUGUGCGUUAAUCUUCUGUGUCUGCUUCAUAUUUUCCCCCACCCCCUUAACAUUUUGUUCUGUUUCAAUCCCUGAGGGUGGAUUUAUUAUUAAGUUUCCUAAUUUCUUUCUCUUCCCUUACCCUUCAAAUGAAGUUACAAUUUUCACUUUCUUCUUUGAUGUUUACGACAGGAGGAGUUAUAUUGGAUUUCCAUCUGCAAACACUGACAGAGAUUAUCUUGCUCGGACUUCUGUAUGACUAAGUUCACUGUGGGCCAUAUUUCUGAAAGCCCGCUUUAUCUCCCUGGGCAUACCUUGGGACAAACCUGGAACAAAAGAGUUCUCACG